AUGUCGAUAAGUCCAUUGAAUAAAACUUCACUUCUUUAUUCAAAUAUGUUAAAAAAUAAUUUUUUUUCACCAUUUUUUAUUCAAUCAUUAAUUGCAUCGAAUCAAAAUUCAACUCAUCAAGAAUCAAAUUUAAGUGAAGAUGAAGAAAGUUUAGAUCAUAAUAAUAAACAAAGGCGAACAAGAACUAAUUUUACAAGUUCACAAAUUGAUGAACUAGAAAAAGCUUUUCAAGAUGGUCAUUAUCCGGAUGUAUAUAUGCGAGAAGCAUUAGCUAUUAAAUUAGAUUUAAUUGAAUCUCGUGUACAAGUUUGGUUUCAAAAUCGACGAGCUAAAUGGAGAAAAAUGGAAAAUACAAAAAAAAGUCCAGGUCGUCCAGCACAUAAUGCACAUCCACAAACAUGUUCAGGUUAUCCUAUUUCACAAGAAGAAUUAGAAAAAAAACGUUUACAAGUUGAAGAAAGAAAAAGACGAAAACAAAAUAAAAAUUGUAAAUCAUCAACAAGUGAUGGAAAUUCUUCAUCAUCAUCAUCAAUAUCUCCUGGAAUAAUAAAUAAAUCUUCCUAUUCAAUUGAAAGAAUUUUAUAUCAAUCAUCAAAUAAUAACAAAUCUUAA